GUUGUGUCGCAACAAUUUUCCUCCGCGUGGAUAGAAGUCAGUCAGUAACACGGAAAGAAUUCAACUUCUAAGCGUGAAACAACGUUUUAUUUGGUCAAUCGUUUACUUCGUCAGUUUCAAAGCGUAAAUCUUAUGAAUUAUAAUUGAAAACAAAAAAUUUAAAGAAGCAGUAUGCGGAAAAGUGAAGCCGUACAACUGCGUUUGGUGUCUUCCUGCCGUGAUCUACGAAGCGAGACGAAACAUGAGGAUUUCGAGUCUACACUGAGCUUUCUUGCUGGCAAAGUGUCUAAUUCUUCUUUUCAAGAAGCUUUUCAGAACGACAUCGAGAGCAAGGGAACUUCCGCAAACGAAUUGGAAGAUGGUGAACUUAAUGAAGGGAUUGAAGCCAAUGAUGUGAGUGCCUUACUGGAGCCAUUUUUGGAAUAUGAAGAAAAGCAAGGUUCAGUGGAUGGCUCUAUGGCGCCGCCGUCGUCUUUGAAAGAUACAUCUUAUGAAGGGCAGACUGUUUCAGACAAGAUCAAUUCAUUUGUCGAGACGCACGAGCUGAAAUUUGACUUUCCAUGUGAUGUAGAAGUUGGAGGCCUACCUUCCAUUAGUGAGGAGAAUUCUGAACAGUUUCAUUCUGCUGAAAAUACAGAAAAUCAAGAAGUUCAUGAAACAAUGAGUUGUGGAUCAUCUCAGGACAAUGCGAAAGGACAGGAUGAAAAGUCUAACAUUGUUAAGAAUUUCUAUGUUGACAAUCAUGCAACAGAUCAUAACUAUGCCUGUUGUGGAUUUCCAAUGAGAAAACCUAUUCAGUUGAGACCAGAAGAUUACAAUACUUUGAAAAACUCUGCACUGAAAUGUAGUCCCCAAGAGUCUCUAGACAUGGAGAAGAAAAAUCACUUAAUUUCUGAAGAAACUAGAAGCCCUUACUCACACAAGAGGCGGUCAAGCUGUAAUGAAAAUUCGCCAGAUAGAAAAAGGAAACUCCCCAAGCGCUAUAGAGGUCCGUACUGUGAAGAGAGCUCUGGCGGAGAAAGCAGUUGCGAUGAAGAGUGUCAUUAUAGACGAAUGAGCACUGAUAAAGAUCGAGACCGUACAAGAGAGAAUAGUAUUAGGAAGUUUAGUUAUAGCUCUGAUGGAGACAGAAGUUAUCAUAAAAGAAGCAAUCGUAGACACAGCAUGUGCUCCAAUGACAGCUAUGAUGGACGAGAGUUUUCCAGUUCAGACGAGGAGAGUAAGAAUGGAAGCAGAUAUGAUCCUCGACGUUCUGAAUGUGAUUGGCAGCGCAGGCAAUCAAGUGGCAGUGACAGAGAAUCAGACCACUACAGGAGCCCUCAUUACAGAAGAAGGAGCAGAGGGAGGAGGAGGUCUUGCCAUAGAGACUCCACAGAAAAGAGAAAUGGUGUCACAGAGAACAAAAUAUUUCAUGACAUUGAAUUUGAAAGAAAACUAGAGUUCAAGUUUGACCAUAACAUCAGGGACACUGCAAAGGAGGAGAGACGUAUUGUGUACAUUGGUAAAAUAUCAAACAAGACUACAAAAGAUGAUGUAUUCAAAAGGUUUCGUCCAUUUGGGCCGAUUGAAAAAGUUACUGUCCACUUCAGAGAGAAAGGGGACAACUAUGCUUUUGUAACAUUUUUUGAAACCUCCUCUGCUGCUGAAGCUAUUGAAAGAGGAAAUGAAGACUCACGGCUCCCUGUCUUGGAUCUUUGCUUUGGUGGAAGAAGGAAGUUCUGUGGUGGUAGCUAUGUGGACUUUGAUUCAAACACCAGCUAUCUUGAAGAACAGGAACUGAGCCGACCACCUUCAUCGGAUGAGAUGGAUUUUGAUGCACUGCUUAGAAUGUCACAGAAAAAUUUGAAAAGCAGAAAGGAAUCUUGCAAAGGCAGAUACAUGUAUUAAUAGAAGACAUAGAUGCUGGCUGAUGAAGCUGUAUCAUUCAUUAGUUGAUGAGGUAGUUGAAGAAGGAGAUCCACGUGUUCUGAUACAUUGGUUAUUACUUGCUCUAUAUUCUGUUUGCUCAAGCUGUACUGAGGAAUAAUUUUUUUUUAUUGGCCCUUAUUCAUUUUUUGUACAGACCUCAUUGUGGUUGGUCCAUACUUUGAUGUCAAGUCAAUAUUCCCCAUUAUUACACGACUUGGGCAGUCAGAGGGCCAAUAACUAAAAUCAACCAAUCAAAAUACUCUAUUGCUGGUCCAAU